AUGCCACAAGAGAGGCUGUGCAAGCACAAAGGCCCAUGCUGGGAAAAUACCCUAAGAGGCUUUGUCAUGGCCUUUCUUCAAAGCUUAGCCGCAAAGUCAGCGCUUCACAUUCUCCUUAAUUUUAUCCUACGAAAGGGCUACAGAAACCCAAUAAAGUCCUUGCUAAGCUUUAUAUCCAUUGACACUCUUAGAUUCGUAGGUUUUGCCUCUCUUAUGAACUCUAUGUUUAAGGCAAGUUUAUGCUUAUUGAGAAAUUUCCGCCAAAAAGAGGAUGGCCUAAAUUAUGUGAUCUCUGGCGGAAUUAGUGGGCUGGCCAUUUUAGUUGAAGACCCUGGACGUAGGGAAACUUGGGCACUUUAUUUCUUUGCACGAUUUCUUGACAUAAUCCUUAGAAGACAAGGAAAACAGUAUGGACUUGAUGUGAAUAAAAUAGAGGUGUUUCUGUUUAUGGCUAUGAUUGUCUUUAUGAUAUAUUGCUAUGGAUCUGAAAAAGACAAUAUGCUGAAAUCUUACUCUCCCUUAAAAAUUGGAACAAAAAUCCUGUUCCAAUUUAAAGGAGCUAAUUAUUUUUUUAAAAAGUACCCAAAAAAUGCAGAAUUUACCGAUGUUUUGCUCCAUUUUAAAGGGGGAGAGCUAUUAUAGCUUUUUGAAUAUCUUAUUCCAGCCUUCUAAAGCAGAAAAAGCGUGUAUGGAUUUAUGGAGUCAGCAAGCUGCCGAAAAAAUGCCGAUUAAAUAA